GAUAUCCAAAUAACCGGGAUCUGAGGGGUUUGAUUCCGCCGACAGUGAGCAGACUCGAGCUUCUUGUGUCAUUUGCCGCUGACAAGAAACAGGAAACAGAUGUGUGGCCUUUAUCUCAGGAGAUCCUUGUCCAAUUGCAUCAACAGUCCCUUGAUAUCCACACUGGACUGUAUAUAGAUCAUGGCAGCUGGGGACUGCACACACCCCUUCUAGAUGCCCUUAAUCUAGAACAUUUCUGGAGUUGUCACCAAUUUGGAAGGUUAAAGUCUUUAAGACCGUUAUCACUGGGUCAAAGUCAAUUGGAAGGAGAGAAUCUUUCACCACCAAAGGAUCUUUUAACUGAAGAGACAGAUACAGAGGUCACAAGCAGGAACAACUCGGACAGAACCCCAUCCCAGGAGCUAGUUGAGGAGCAAAGAUUGAGCCCAGAUUCUGAAGCACAGCCUCCAGCACCCGCACUAUCAGAAGACGAAGAUUUCACUCCGUGCUCCUCCCUUCGAACAUUGCUGAGCUGUUUUGCAUUGCCAAGGCCAGACCCGUCUUGCCCUUCUUUUGGCCCUCUGACUCGCAGUCCACAUUGCAUUGUAGCCCCCACCAUGCCCACCUUACCUGAAGAAGAAGAAGGAAGUGAGGACCAGGACAGAAUGCAGAAUUUUUCACCCACUGUUGUGGGAGUUGAUCCCAGGGUGAUUGCGACACCAGCAAUUGUCCUACCAGAUGUCACCAGCUCUCCAGACAGGGAAUUUGACCAAACAACACAGAUAAGAUCUCACAGUCCUAUCCAGCGACGGUCCAGCAGGAACUCCAGAACCUCCUUGUCCUCAACAAGUUCCUUAACCUCUGUUGAUGGUGAUGGCCAUGUCUAUGAUCUGGUCAAUGAUGAGUUACCGGAUGUGCAGCUUUCAGACGAAGAUAAGAAGAAAAACACUGAACUAUUAGAGGAAGCAAAGAAGAUCAGUGAGAGGUUUCUCACACGUCGAUGCCGCCGUUCUAAAACCAGCCCUAACGAUUCUCCACCAGCACUCACUCCAUCACGGACUCCGAUAGUUUCCCCGAGCCCCUCCAGAAGUAACUCUGUGACCGUACAGCCGCAGAUUGGUUCAGAUCCGCCCACUGUAAACUGUGUAGGAAUAACAGUCGUGCCUUCCACUCAAGCGGGGGAGAAACCUCCUCCACCACCCAACAGGGACAAAGAAAUGAAGCUUUUGGAAGUCCCUGGCACAAGAGAACAGGACAUUCAACUAAAUUCUGAGAAACACACAAGAAAAUUAUCCCCAACCAGAAAGACUGUGGAAGCCAGAAAAUCAUCUCCAGCAGCAACGGGUUCCCAAGUCAUUCUCUUGGCAAAGAUAUUGGAGGCAUCAGUCCAGCCAAAUGAUCCUGCUUCCCUGGGAACUGAUGCCUGCAGAGAAUUCAAGCUAUUGGACAAGAGUGACUGUGUCAAAGCAGACCCCAACACUGAUACCAAUGGGGCAGAAGGUGAGUUGGGCAGUCCUACAAAGCUGGGAGCUUUGGAGUGCAAGGCCCUUCCUUUAAGGCCCUCUCAGCUUCUGGUUUCUGAAUUAGUUUCUUCGAAGCCAGCCCUCGAAAGCACCGAGCAGGCCAUCCCUCGCAUCAGAAUGCCCUGCAGGGCUGAAAUCAAGUCAUUUAGCUCACAGCCUCUUUUGCGCGCUGUUUCCUGGGAAUGCCUGGAAGCCGAUGAGGAACUAAGCUCACCACCAAAAUCACCCCCCAAGACUGCAGAGAGAUUCGGGUUCAACAAUGUGUUUGACUCCAGUCAACUGAAAGCAUCUAACUGCAAGGACCUGCCUGCCCAACCGAAGAUGCAGAAGCUUGCCAAGCUCCGAGAGGAAAAUAAAAUGAUGAGGAACCAAAACCUGGCAGCAUUGAGAUUACCGGAUCUCAGUGAAACAAUCGAGCAGGAUAGAGGUCCUUCUCCUACUCCCUGCCCAGCAGCCGAUGGGAGUAAAGGCAAUUCCGACAUCACACCAAAUAUUCCAGACUCACUGCUGCGGAAGCUGAAGGUUCACAGGUCAUUGCCCGGAGGCCUGCCUCCUCUGACAGAAAAGGAAAUCGAGAACACAUUUAUACAGCUCUCCCUGGCAUUUAAAAAUGACAGCUACACACUGGAAGCAAGGCUGGGUCUGGCAGAGAGAGAGAGAAACCUGGCUGAGGAGAACACAGAGAAGGAACUCGAAAACUUCAAAGCAGAGAUGAAGUCUUCCGCUUCGCUCUGGGUGAACUCUGACCGAGACGCCCAGCAGAGGCUCCUUGAGACCAUCACCGUACUGCAACGCUUGGCUAUCAGGCUCUCUGGUCGAGCUGAAAUGGUGGGGGCCGUUCGACAAGAGAAACGAAUGUCCAAGGCCACAGAAGUGAUGAUGCAGUACGUGGAGAACUUGAAGAGAAUGUAUGAAAAGGAUCAUGCUGAGCUAACGGAAUUCAAGAAGCUGGCUAAUCAAAAUUCAAACCGUAACUACAGUCCAUAUGGAGACAGUAACGAUGAUGGAGUCCCCAGAACAGCCCGAUCUAUGUCGCUCACACUGGGAAAGACUGUACCUCGCAGGAGGGUCAGUGUGGCAGUGGUUCCAAAGUUCAUUAAUUUCCCUGGGCAGCCUGCCAUCGCUACCAUGGCCGAGCCGAAUAACAGCAGCAGCUCUAACACCAUCACCACCAACACCACCACCAGCCCCAGCAGCUCCAGCAGCAUCAAUCCCAGCAGUUCCAGUGGGAUCAGCAUACAUUCCAGUCCGACACUGGCUCCUCUUGUGGAACAUGGGAAACAGAAUGGAGAUAAGGAGAAUGAAUGUCCUACUCCAGGAGAUGUCCAGCUGGUCAAGGUCGAGAUAACUAGCUCAGAGACAAAAGCCAAGAUCGAAGAGGAAGCUUACAAUAAAGGUUACCAAGAAGGUUUGAAAGCUCAUCUCAGCCAGGAGCAGGAGUUGCAGGAUGCCCCUGAGAAGGUGGAGGGGCAGAACAUGGAGAAACAGUCAAAGCCAAGCUUCAAAGAAGAAAGGAAGUACAGUAAGUUUGAAGAAGUUUCAGAACUGAUCGACAGACUGUGCCCGAAGUGUUUGAAACAUCGCAGUGUGAUCUGGAUUGUGGGGGCUGUAGUCCUCUUGUUUGCUGUUCUCAUCAGCAUCUUCACCUCUCUCCAUUAUCCGUGCGAAGAUCUUUCGAACACACCUAGCGGGAAGAGCAGCUGCUCAUCGGUGCAGAAAUACCUCUGGCCUUUCUCAGGACCACGGCACAAGAACCGUGCACAGGUGUAACUGAAAGUGAAGCCUCUCUGGGGGAACGAGAGUGCGAGUCAUUCCACAAUUCUUACCAUCAGGAGACAGCUUUAACGAGGUUUCCAUAGGCAUAUGAACACAGGCAUGUACAGAGGAAGUCUUCAAUACCAUCGUUGCGUGAACCAUCAACCCACAGAGUGACUGGCUGCCAACUUGCAACUGGGAACAGCAUAGCACUAAGUGAUGUAACACUCAGAGAUAUUCCAGCUAUUUAACUUUGCACCCUAACAAGGCAUUUAAUAAUUUUAUUGUUUCACUGUAUGUUUGAAUGUUAUUACUGAUAAAGGGGUUGUAAGUAAAUAUUCAUACUUCUGAACAAUCACAAACCUUUUACUAUUGUGUGUCUGUGAGUGAAGGACAAAUCAGUUUAUCAGAAAUAGUUUUUUAGUAACUAUGUUGUUGUUUUCAUCGACAAUUUCUUACCUGAUUUUCAGUUUAAGAAAAAUAAAAUCCACCUUUAAUCCUUCAUGAAGAAUUACCCAAAACAGGAGAGUCCCGGAGUUGGUUGUGAUCAAACUGCUCCAUGCUCUAGUCAGACCCACCUUGAGCACUGUGUCAUGUUCUGGUCAUGGAGACAGAAGAACAACAUUCAUACAUUGAAGGCAGAGCAGAGCAUGAGUCUGACAGCAUCAGAGGGUUUGAGUAAUGAGAAAUACUGGAGAGACUUGGGUUUGAAAGAAGAGAACUGAGAAGUGAUCUUGAAGAGUUUUCUAAAAUAAAUAAAGACUGCAAAUUAAGCCAGGGUAAUGGGAUAAGGGAGAACAAGUUCAAACUAGUAAAUGGCAAAACCAAUACUGAUUUCCUUGCAUAGAAUGAUGUAUGCACAUAGAACCAUAGAAAAGUUACAGCACAGAAGGAGGCCAUUCAGCCCAUCUUGUCCAUGCCAGCCCGAGGACACCCAGGUGCCCUUUCU